AUGGCUCAGGAAUUUGUGAAUAGCAAAAUCCAACCCAGGAAGGUCACUGUAUUCAUCAAGCCCACCUGUCCCUACUGCCAAAAGACCCAAGAGAUCCUCUGUCAAAUGUCCUUCAAACAAAAACUUCUGGAAUUUGUUGAUAUCACAGCCAUUACUGACACAAAUGUGAUUCAAGAUUAUUUCCAACAGCUCAUGGGGGCAAGAAUGGUACCUCAGGUCUUUAUUGGAAAAGAUGGUAUAGGUGGAUGCUCUGAUCUAAUAAGUAUGCAAAAGAGUGGGGAACUGGAGACCCGGCUACGGCAAAUUGAAGCUCUAAAAUAA